AUGGCGGAGCUGGGAGACGCCGACAAAGCGGAAUUGCAGCGCCUGGUGGCGGCCCAGCAGCAGAAGGCGCAGUUCACCACACAGGUGCACCACUUCAUGGAGCUACGUUGGGACAAAUGUGUGGAGAAGCCAGGGAAUCGCCUAGACUCUCAUACCGAAAACUGUCUCUCUAGCUGUGUGGACCGCUUCAUUGACACUACUCUCACCAUCACCAGUCAUUUUGCCCAGAAUGUACAGAAAGGAGGGCAGUAG